ACUGUGACAAGUUGGAGUAGAAGUGGCUGCUAAUAGCGACAAACUUAAGAUCCAUUCCAUCAACCACCCCUAAACCCUUCUAUAAUAAGCUUUACUUUCUUCCAAUUCAGACAACCUUACCAAAAUUUUCAUCCUUCUCCCCAAAAAACAAAGAUCCAAAAACAACAAGAAAAAAAAAAAAAAGAGAAAAAAGAAAAGAUGGCAGCUCCAACUUCUCACAAGCUUUUUUCUGCCCUUAACUGCCGCUCCAAUCCCGACUUCUCCGCACCUCCGCCUUCCUUCAACCGCCGCCUCAACUCUGCCGCAUUUUACGGUCCCUCCGCCCUCAUCCUCCGCUUCCCUCCAAACUUCCAUCGCCAGCUCAGCACCAAGGCUCGCCGCAACUGCAGCAACAUCGGCCUCGCUCAGAUCGUCGCCGCAUCUUGGUCAAAUGCACCAGCUGCCGACUCAUCCGGGGCGAUUCAUGCCGCUGAAAGAUUAGGUAGGGGUAUUGUAACUGAUGCAAUUACCACCCCUGUGGUGAACACUUCUGCUUACUUCUUUAAGAAAACCGCUGAUCUCAUUGAUUUCAAGGAGAAACGCCAAUUUAGUUUUGAAUAUGGGCGAUAUGGAAAUCCGACAACAAUAGUUUUAGAGGAGAAGUUAAGUGCACUGGAGGGGGCCGAAUCAACUUUGAUAAUGGCGUCUGGGAUGUGUGCAAGCACAGUUUUGUUGAUGGCACUAGUUCCAGCUGGGGGACAUCUUGUGACCACUACGGAUUGUUACAGGAAGACUAGAAUAUUCAUUGAGACUGUGCUUCCAAAGAUGGGAAUCAAGGCAUCUGUUAUAGAUCCAGCAGAUGUUGCAGCCUUGGAAUCUGCAUUGGAGGAGAACAAUGUGUCUCUAUUCUUCACCGAGUCUCCUACCAAUCCUUUCCUCAGAUGUGUUGAUAUUAAGCUGGUUUCUGAGAUUUGUCACAAAAAAGGGGCUUUGGUCUGCAUUGAUGGUACAUUUGCAACACCUUUGAACCAGAAGGCCCUUUCCCUUGGUGCUGAUCUUGUUUUGCACUCUGCAACAAAGUACAUUGGGGGUCAUAAUGAUGUCCUUGGUGGUUACAUUAGUGGUCCAGAUAAGUUGGUUUCACAAGUUCGUACUUUGCAUCAUGUUUUGGGUGGUACUCUUAAUCCGAAUGCUGCAUACCUAUUCAUUAGAGGCUUGAAAACCCUGCAUCUUCGUGUACAGCAGCAGAAUUCAACAGCAUUCAGGAUGGCCAAAAUUUUAGAGGAACAUCCCAAGGUGAAGCACGUGUACUAUCCAGGCUUGCCAAGUCAUCCUGAACAUCAGCUUGCCAUGAGGCAGAUGACUGGUUUUGGUGGUGUUGUCAGUUUUGAGAUUGAUGGAGAUCUAAUAACCACCAUAAAAUUUGUUGAUGCACUGAAAAUCCCAUAUAUUGCACCCUCAUUUGGAGGCUGUGAGAGCAUUGUGGAUCAACCUGCUAUCAUGUCUUACUGGGAUCUUCCUCAGUCAGAAAGGGCCAAGUAUGGUAUUAAUGACAACUUGGUUCGCUUCAGCUUUGGAGUUGAAGAUUUUGAGGAUUUGAAGGCUGAUGUUCUGCAAGCUUUGGAAGCCAUAUAAUAUACUAAAAGGCAAUUAGGCAGUAUGCACUAUGUGCACUUACCUUAGUGUUCGUUGUUCGUCUUCUUGGUUCUGUUUUCAUUAUCAUGUAUAAGCGAAUCAAUUGAAUUUUGAUCACCCAAUGUUUUGUUGUGCUAUUUUGGAAGAAUGAUUUUGAUCACCUAAUGUUUUGUUGUGCUAUUUUGGAAGAAUGAUGUCUCAUUUGAAUGUCUUGAACUAUCAAAAUUUUCAAUUUAUUUUUUAUCCUACCUC